AUGGCUGGAGAGGAAGUGAAGGUAUCGGGGAUCGAUAAGUUUGAUGGCACGGAUUAUGGAUAUUGGAGGAUGCAGAUAGAGGACUACCUCUAUGAGAAGAAACUUCAUCUUCCAUUGUUAGGGAAGAAGCAGGACAGCAUGUCAGUUGCUGAUUGGACCUUGUUGGAUAGACAGGUCCUGGGGGUUAUUCGAUUAACCCUGUCGAGAUCCGUUGCACACAACGUCAUCACGGAGAAGACGACUGCGGAUCUCAUAGCGGCUUUGUCAGGUAUGUAUGAAAAGCUUUCAGCAAAUAACAAGGCAUCUGAUAAAAAAGUUAUUUAAUAUGAAGAUGGUAGAUGGAAAGAUUCAGGCGAGACCUCAGAUUCGAGUUCAGCAUUGAAUGUUGACUCUCAGGGGAGAGCACAAGAUAGGAACUCAAACAGAGGCAGAUCAAAAUCAAAGAAUAGGGGGGCUUCCUUCCAUACAUCUUUCCAUCGGGAGAUAAUUCAGAAUUAUGUUGCAGUGGUGCUUUCAAAUAGCACUUGGAAGGUCAUCAAAGGGGCAUUGGUACUGGCUCGGGGUAAGAAAAUUGGUACACUUUAUAUGACUACUGGUUUGGAUAACACUAUUGCUACUACCGUUGCAUAG